AUGGCCGCCGGUCUCAAAACAAUCAUUUCCCUCUCCUUCGUCCUAGCCAUAGGCUUCCUCCUCGUAAUCCUCUCCUGCGCGCUCUUCAAACAAUACCUACCCCUACUCGUCGUCGCCACCUACGUACUCGCUCCCCUACCCAACUGGAUCUGCGGGCGCUGUGCCAAUCCGGAUGAUUUCGUGGAGAGUGCGGGGAAUGCGGUGGUGGAUUUCGGGAGGUUCUGUACGGGGUUUUUGGUGUUGAUGGGUAUUGCAUUACCAGUCGUUCUCGCACACUCAAUGCUUAUAACGUAUACGGCCAUGGUAAUGUCUAUUAUCGGCGGAGUGCUCAUCUACGGCACCAUCAUCAGCUUCGGCAUGUUUUUCCAAGAAGAGCAGGAAUUCUAG